AUGUUCAAAAUUAGUUUUCUAUUAAUACUAUUAGGCGGCGAUUCUCGUUAUCCCAGUACAAACCUCACUGGAUAUGAGAAAAGCAAUACGAUUAGAACUAAACGAAGCCCAGCGGAUGGAACUCGAAAGAGGAUACCGCCUGGGAGAGAAGCACUGUUUCAGGAUGAGGUGUUUGGCCAUACUCCUGAAAGCAGAGGGACAGUCCGCCGCGAAAGUUGGCGAGAGGACAGAAAUGGAACAGCACACCGUGAGCAAAUGGCUCAAGCGGUACGAGAAAGAGGGAAUCAAGGGGCUGGAGACGCGUCCGGGGCGUGGACGCAAGCCGAUUAUGGACUGCUCGGACGAGGAGGCCGUCCGUCGGGCGAUAGAACGGGACAGGCAGAGCGUGGACAAGGCACGGGAGGCAUGGCAGCAGGCCAGCGGCAAGGAAGCCAGCGAGUCGACGUUCAAGCGUUUUUUAUCAGCAUUGGCGCAAGAUAUAAGCGUAUAAGGAAACGCCCAAGGGGAAAACCCUCGCCGCAGCUCUACGAGUACAAGGCCGAGAAGCUGCAAGAACUUGAACGAAAGGCUGAUGACGGAAGGAUAGACCUCUACUAUGCCGACGAGAGCCAUGUCUGCACCGAGGGCUAUGUCCCCUACGGAUGGCAGUUCCCGGGAGAGGAUGUCCAUGUCCCUUCCCAGAAAAUAGCCCGCCUCAACAUAUUCGGCAUGACCACAAGGGACAACCGAUACGAAGGCUUCACCUCUAGGAGCGGCAUAACCGCCGACAAGUUGGCGGACUUCCUCGACAGACUGUCGCUCAAACCCAGGGAAAGAAACACCGUCAUCGUGCUUGACAACGCCAGCAUCCAUCGAAGCAAGACCAUGAAGGAGAUGAGGCCCGUUUGGGAAAGCAGAGGGCUUUUCCUCUUCUACCUUCCGCCUUAUUCGCCUCACCUCAACAUCGCCGAGACAUUGUGGCGCAUCCUCAAGGGCAAGUGGAUUCGCCCGCAGGACUACCAGUCUACAGACUCCCUCUUCUACGCCACCGACAGAGCCUUGGCCUCGGUCGGAAAAUCCCUCUUCAUCAACUACUCUCAUUAUGCAGCUUAA